AAGGAAGUGGCCGCCCAUUUUAAGCACAUGACUUGUGAGCCACAACAAGCGAAACAUUUGUAGUGUUGUCUGGCUAAAUUUUUGACUAGCUAGUGUUAGUUCAGCCUUUUUCCCUGUCAUUUGUUUGUAUUUAUUUUUCAAAUGAAGCUUCGUUGUUUAGUUAUAGCUCUGUGCUUCGGCAUGGGUGUUAUGGCUGGGAAAUACUCUCGUGAAAUGAACGAACAGAAGCCGAGCGGUAGUGAUGGGCAGGCAGUGGAGUUCAGGAUAGCUAAGCUUAACCAGGUGUGGGAGAAGGCCAAACGGAUGCAGUUGUCCCCAGUGCGGCAGGCUGAGCUGCACAGUGACCUGAAGAUUCAGGAGAAAGAUGAGCUGCAGUGGAAGAAGAUGAAGGUGGAGGGGAUGGAUGAAAAUGGGGAGAAAGAGGCCCAGCUGCGACGUAACUUCAAUGUGAUCCUGGCCAAGUAUGGAAUGGAUGGGAAAAGAGACACUCGGCCCCUGGAGAGCAACUACCUGAAGGACCACGAUACCAAAGAGGGAGACCUUUUUGAUGAUCCCAGGCUGGACAAGCUCUGGAACAAGGCCAAGAGCUCAGGGAAGUUCUCCAGUGAGGAGCUGCAGAACCUGAAGAGGGAAUUCCAGCAUCACAAGGACAAGAUGCACGAAUACAACAUCCUCAUGGAUACUGUCAGCAGGACUGAGGAAAUACACAAGAAUGUGAUCUCUCCCCUGGAGGGUGACACUAAGGAGCAUGUACUGCAACAGAAGCACACGGACCUGAAGCACAAAAUGAGAGACCUCAACCAGGGCUUUGAGCGCCUCCGUAAGAUCAGCCAUGAGGGCUUCACUGAAGACAGCGAGUUUCGGGAGCCCCGUGUGAUUGAGCUGUGGGAGGCUGCCAAGAGAGCCAACCUCAGCGAAGAUGAGCUGGACUCUCUUAAGGAAGAACUGCAUCAUUUUGAGACCAAGGUGGAGAAGCACAGCCAUUACCAGGAGCAGCUAGAGCUUUCCCACCAGAAGCUGCGACAUGUGGAGUCUUUAGGAGACAAAGAGCACAUAAAGAAGACCCAGGAAAAGUACAACACACUAGCUGAGAAGACCAGGGAGAUGGGCUACAAGAUGAAGAAACAUAUGCAGGACUUGUCCAACAAGAUCUCCCGUCAGGGACUCGCACAUAAUGAGCUCUGAGAGGCUCAGAUAUCAUGUCAGUGAAGGCUGAAUGAAUUGACAUAAUUCAUAUAAUAAUUAGGCUACGGUCCCCCAUUCUCCUUCAACUACUGUAAAAAACAGUCAGUGUUUUCUACAUUUCUGGUGUUAUUAGUUGUUGAUUUGUUUUGAAAUUGCUAAAUGAGUAAAUUGUGAGCUGUUUGUACAUAUUAUACAGAUGAGAGAUUUUUUUAUAAAUCAGCUGGACUUUUUGUGAUAAAUAAACUGGUCAGAUUAUCAGUCACGGUACAGAUAAAAUAAAAGUGGAAUAGUUUACACACAAGUCUGGUACUCCCUGGUAGUACUGAUUUGUACAACUAGUGGCAGGUGGGUGCAGAAGAAAUGUCUGGCUGAGAAUGUGGCAAUACUCCAAGAAGGCCAAAUUUUGUGGGGGUGGUUUGUGGGGGAUGGAGAGCAGCACUCGAGUCACUCUGAACCAGAUGAUGUAGUUUAACUGCAGAGGGAUGGUUCAGGUCCUGGGAACAGCCAACUGACUGCAUGAGUAUUUCAUCCUGUGGGAUUAUUGGCACAUUGUUGGCCAGACACAUAGUCCACACCCAUCUGCCAUUAGCUGUGCAAGUGAUAAAUGCUAUAUCGCAGAGGCUGUAAGUACUAUAGUAACUCAUAGGUCAGUCUGCUGAAACAUUGUAAUGUUACUGCUAUUGUAUAAUCAAUAUGAAAUGAAGAAUGCUUUGCACGUUCAGGUUAGAAGCACUGAAACCUGGAAAAUUGUAACAGCAAUCUUUAAUAGGAGGAGCCAACGGCUUACAAACAGUAAUAUCUUAAAAAUACACUUUAACAUGAUUUCAUACUGUCUUGUCAUAAAUAAAAGCAGUUACUAUUUACAAAUAGU